CUUGUGGAUAUUCUCGAUUGUGCUCUUGUGAUAACCAAGGAGGCAAGGGCAACGUGUGAUCUUCAAGGACCUUCGGAUGGGAAUAAGGAAGAAGAACUUCUGAUUAACGAGGAAGUGAAUCGCUUGAAACAAUACCUGAAAGCACAACUACUUCUUCUAGAUGAAGUUGAAGAUAAGGGGACUCCUGCUGCUUCAGAAAAAGAACGCGAAAAAGACAAAAUUAAGAUGAAGCUUGAGGAACAAAAACAAAAGGAAAUAAUGGACAAGCAAGUACAUCUACAUCGAGGUGAAGACAGCAAACAAGUACAAGGUGAAGACAUGAGCAAGCAACUACAUCAAGGGGAAGAAGACCGCCAUUCCCAUCCGCAGGAGGACGAGUUACCUGUUCCUCUUCCUUUUUCAAUGACACAAGGGCAGUUGCGUCACUGGCUCGAGGACCCCGUAUAUUAAGACUAGUAAAUCACUAUCUGCUGUGAAGUAUUGUUCCGAGUGAGGCCCCCCUUGAUUUAACGGGGAAACAAAAGGGAAAAUCGAGGGCAACUCACUCAACCACGGAUAGGGAUUGUCUAGAGUUUUUAAGUAUCUCGAUCUUGGAUUCUUGACGAGGAGGGAAGCGAGGAAAGCCCUACUGUAGACUUUGGGGAACUGUUGAUGAAGCGCAGUAAAGUACUACUGCAGUUCCGCCCAUUUACCUCAGAGUGCAAAUAUCGCUCACUUGCUGUGGAAAAACGAGCAAGUUCUUUAUCAUUCAAAAUUGUCUCUACCGCUCUCGCAAGAAUAAUUCUAGAAGCGUACCACAAUCAAGAACAGAAGACCCCAUCUCCGACGGCGACUUC